AUUUUUAUAAGCCUUAUGACGUAGGCCCUUCGCCAGUUUGUACUCGCUUUGCUCCAGAAUGUUCUUUUUUAACUGGUUACAGACGCAUUGACGUCAUUCGAAGGAGCAAAAUAUGUAUCAAAAGCAAAAAGGAGCAAAACCCACAUCACCACCAUACAAGAAAGGGCGACCGAUUCCGGGGCCAGUGAAUUAUAUGCCCCAGAUAGAGAAAUCCACCGCAAGUUUAGAAUCACAGCCGAUCAAGGAAGAAACAAAAGCGGAGUUAGCUGAAGAGAGUCAGGAACAGUACGAAAGCAAUGAAGCCUUCAAAUCUGAGGUCGAGCGUUUCAUUGAAAUUUCAAAAUAUUUUUCGAGCCCUCUUCGAAAAACGGCGUCAUACAUAUGCGAGAACAGGCUCAUUUCAUAUCCGAAUCCGUAUAGAAUCGAAUACAAGCGUGGUGGCGUUACGACACAGCAUAUAAAGUUUUGCAACUUGACGCUAGAGCCGGUGUACAUCAAGCUUUACAAACUGAUACCGGAUUUGGAACAGCUCAAGUACAUAAACUUGUCUUUGUCGAGGUGCAAGCGGGUGCCGCCAGGUCUCUCCUUCAACUUGGGAUUCGUUUACGACGAUGUCAAUGAGAAACCGUCGUGUAAUGCGAAAAUGAUAUUUGUGGCUUCCCGUAAAACGACGACGCCAUGCUACCAGAUAUGCGAGAUAGAGUUACAGAUCGACGCUCAAAAGAUUAGAUUGGUUACUGUUUGAUAAACAAAAUUUGAAC